AUGAGUGCAUUUGCUGCGUUCAACCAGCUGUCGAAGAACUCCUCGGAAUCGUCUCUUUUCAAUGCAGCUCUUUCCAAUACUAUAACCAAAUCCAGUAUCAAGGCCAAUCCGAAAAACUCCAUUUUCGCAGACGACUCUAUCAUACUAGGUCUUAACAAGGACGACUAUAUCAUUGUCAAUGGCACUUACGAGCUAACAAUUCUCAAAGGUGAUGUGUUGGUGAACAACUUGUUCAAGUUGGGCCAGGGGAAAUCUUACCCUAUAAUCACCAAUGCGUACCAGUCGCUUCCUGUGAUCUGUGGAAUGGAAGGCAGCCUGAAGAAACAGGAGUCUAUUCUACCGGCUUAUACGAGUGUGGUGAAGAUUUCAAACCUAGAUACGGGACUUCAGCAUGUGGGGCAUGUUCUGCCGAAACUCAGUGAUUCGUACUUUCUUGGGAGAUCUUCUCCAUAUACUUUUGAGGUUGUCGAGGAACCACAAGAGAAUGUCAUGGGCUUUCGAGUCAACCUGAGUACGCAUAGGGCGAUAACUGAGGUUUCUGAGAAGCUUCUAAGCGGCGAGAUCAAGUCUUCGCUCGUUGUUGGUGCUGCUUUCUGUGGGAAACUGACUUUUGCUCAUACAUUUCUCAACUACUUGCUCUUCAAUGGGUCUACAGACGUUGUGGUUAUAGAUUUGGACCCUAAUAGUGGAAAGUUUUCGUUCCCUGGGUGCUUGGCCUUGACGGUUCAUUCGCAUCCAUCUAUUGGUGUCCAUACCCCAACAGACCGCUUGGAGAACGAAUCAGUUUACUAUGGGCAUAGCAACCCAACUGCGUUACCAACAUACUAUGUUAAAUGUGUUGAACAGCUAAAAGAGGCUUAUAUGGCUACGUGGAAACACCUACCGCUCAUUAUCAAUGCACCUCCCACAAUCAAAGGACUCGGAAGGGAACUUCUAGCGAGAAUAACCGAGAUGUUCCAUGAUUUAGAUCCAACCCUCGUCUACCUUUCACAAAACGAUUCACUCACUAUAGAAGAUUUUGACGUUGACGAGUUCGAAGUUCAGGAUAAUCCAGAUGACGAAGUGUUGGCUGACUUGACAUACACAUCCUCAUAUAAGGUACAUGCCACACGAAGGAAACCCAAAUGCCUGGGCCCACUUGCACAUGAACUAGCCACUAUCCAGUAUUUCCACAGAAUUUCCCAGUUUCGUUGGGAUGUCCAAUCGUUUCUUGUCCAAACACCUCCUCUGGUGAUCCCAUUUUCGCCAAAUGAUCCUCGAGCUGUUCCAGCCAUUGCAUCUCUCCACCAGACAAUCACUUCACUACGCAGAGAGAACAUCCAAGAUUACAUCGAAGCCUCGCUUGUGGCUCUUUGCGCAAUUGACAUUCCUAGAAAGAGUCUUUCAAAGACUUCUCCACAAUUCAUCAACACAGACGACUUUACCCAGCAUAAAAGCACAGUCGUCUGUCAUUGCAUCAUUCAUUCGCUUAAACUCAAAGAGGGCUACUACCUCGUUUAUCUACCUAAAGACCCUACAACUACCAAUAGACUCAAGCAAGCUUUUUCAAGUAACCAAACACUUGCAUUUGUCAAAGGAGAAGGCUCCAUUCCUCCAGGUGAGAUUCUGGUUCCUCAAUUCACAGGCAGAAACAUCCCAUACGUUGUUCCCGAACCGUUAAGUAAAGUUGGCGGAGUCUGGAAUAUUCGUAAGAACCUUGGACGUAAAAACCAGAAGUCAUAG